AUGUUAAGGUGCAGACAAACAAUGUAUCUAACAAGAAUAAUUAUUAGUCUGUGUCUAAUCUACGCAGUGGAGACCCAAAGACAGUUUUGUGGUGAAGACGACCACUUCUGUAAAAGUGACUACAAAUUCAAGAGUAAAGACUUUCCAAGCAUAAGCUCCUUGGUUAUGGGAGACUACAAAUUUCCAGCUAGAUUUUUCACUGAAUUUUGCAAAUCUACAAAUUACAAACAUGGGGAAACGGGCCAAUCGUACGACUGGUUGCUUAACAACGAUGGUUUCAUUCAGCGACUUUGUAUGACUACCACUGCUAAGGAGUUAGAUAAAUUGGUGCCUUGUGCCAAUAACAAAAGUGUUAGAGAUAACAUAAUACGAAGCAUUGCCGACAUAAAAAAUAUCCCUAAGCCGACUGAUGACUUAACCCUGGAGGAGGCGCGAAAAGGAGUAUGCAAGCUGGUAACAACUUCACUCAAGGCAUUUCUGAAGACCCUGCAGUCUGAAUGUGACCCUAGGGGUUACAGGGCUAUGACUGAAGUGUUCACAGACAUGGUCCAAGACCCAGCAAAGUACAAAGUCAAUCUUCUUGAUCUAGACAGCAGUUGUUUAACCGAACUACAAGAUAUUCUUCAACUCUACAGAUAG